AUGGCAAGCAAAACUGUGAUUGUAGGUGUCCUCAUAAUGAGUAUGGUCAUGGCCCAAACUCAAGUAGAAGCAAAUGACUGCUGCCCGAACGCACAAGCUAGAGCUAAUUUUGAUGUAUUAAAGCUCGCGGGAGUUCCUUCGGUGACUGCUGCAGCAGCCAGUGGAUGCAAACUCGUUAGCGGGUAUUGCCCUCCGGGAUUUCUUUACGGCGAUCUCCAAAACUCUGGUGAUGUUGCUAAUGCAUACUGCAAGCUUGGGUGUGUAUCCUCUGCGUGUGGUGCCAUAACCACUCUCCAAAGCUCUGACAAAAGUGAGAUUGUGAUUGGAUCGCUUGAACAGUGUGCCAAAGCAUGCCUUACUUUGUGCACCAAAGGCUCUAUUACUACACGUGGAAGUGGAAUUGCCUAA